AUGUCUGGACGUCGGGAUUUCCUCAACCAGCCAGCGCCUGAGAACUAUGUCGCAGGUCUAGGCCGUGGAGCAACAGGUUUUACAACUCGAUCUGAUCUCGGACCUGCCAGAGAAGGGCCCAGCGAGGAUCAAAUAAAAGAAGCUCUUGCUAAGCGAGCGGCACAACUUGGAGCAGCUACUCCUACGGCGUACGGUGUUCCUGAGAAAAAAGAUGAUGAUGAUGACGAUGAGCGGUUUCAAGAUCCAGAGAAUGAGGUGGGACUAUUUGCGGGUGGAGCUUAUGACAAAGACGAUGAUGAAGCAGAUCGCAUAUACCAGGAGGUAGAUGAAAAGAUGGACAAACGUCGAAGAGCCAGAAGGGAAGCACGUCAGAAAGCCGAGUUGGAAGAGUACGAGCGAAAUAAUCCGAAAAUACAACAGCAGUUUGCUGAUUUAAAACGAGCUCUUGGCACCGUUAGUGAUGAAGAUUGGGCUAACUUACCCGAAGUUGGUGAUUUGACUGGCAAGAAUAGAAGAAGCAAGCAAGCUUUGAGGCAAAGAUUCUAUGCGGUCCCAGACAGUGUGAUUGCAGGUGCACGCGACUCCACUGAACUUGGUACAACUGUAGCAGACGACGGUCCCCAAGGAGGAGAUGGCCCUGAUGGAACAAUGACAAACUUCGCAGAUAUUGGAGCUGCGAGAGAUAAAGUUUUACAAGUCAAACUUGAUCAAGCUUCUCAAGGGACUGAUUCUGUAGCUGGUAACGCCACUAGUAUUGAUCCAAAGGGAUAUCUUACCAGUCUCGCGAAAUCCCAAAUUAACGAAGGCGAAGCGCAGGUAGGUGAUAUCAAGCGAGUUAGAGUUCUAUUAGAAUCUGUCAUACGAACAAAUCCUAAACAUGCUCCAGGGUGGAUUGCAGCGGCACGUCUUGAAGAACUGGCUGGUAAGUCAGUCGCUGCUCGAAAUGUAAUUGCGCGAGGCUGCGAAUUUUGUCCUAAGAGCGAGGAUGUUUGGCUAGAGAAUAUACGACUAAAUGACAAUUACAAUGCAAAGAUAAUUGCCGCAAACGCUAUUAAGAAUAAUGAUCAUUCUGUGCGGCUCUGGAUUGAAGCAAUGAAAUUAGAAUCUGAACCAAGAGCCAAAAAAAAAGUUAUUCGGCACGCAUUAGACCAUAUUCCACAAUCUGUUAUGCUAUGGAAAGAAGCAGUCAACCUAGAGGAGGAUCCGGACGAUGCUCGUCUAUUACUUGCAAAAGCCACAGAAGUCAUUCCCCUAUCCGUUGAACUGUGGUUAGCCCUUGCGCAUCUAGAAAGCUCCGAAAAUGCACAGAAAGUUUUAAAUAAAGCUCGAAAGGCUGUUCCUACCUCACAUGAAAUCUGGAUUGCAGCUGCAAGGCUCCAGGAACAGAUGGGCAAUGCCAAUAAGGUCAAUGUCAUGAAGCGUGCUGUACAAGCCCUUGCAAAAGAAUCAGCCAUGUUAAAAAGAGAAGAAUGGAUCCUUGAAGCUGAAAAAUGUGAGAAAGAAGGUGCCAUUUUAACAUGUGGAAAUAUUAUUCGCGAGACGCUCGGCUGGGGCCUGGAUGAAGAUGAUGACCGUAAAGACAUAUGGAUGGAAGACGCAAAAGCAAGUAUUGGUCGAGGUCAAUAUGAGACAGCUAGAGCAAUCUAUGCUUAUACUCUACGUAUUUUUGUCAACAGCAGAAAGGUAUGGCUAAUGGCUGCUGACUUAGAGAAAAAUCACGGUUCUAAAGAAGCUCUUUGGCAAAUAUUAGAAAAAUCUGUUGAAGCAUGUCCCCAGAGUGAAGUUCUAUGGAUGAUGCUUGCGAAAGAAAAGUGGCAAGCAGGAGAAAUUGAUAAUGCACGCCGAGUUUUAGGACGAGCUUUUAACCAAAAUCCAAACAACGAAGAUAUUUGGCUAGCGGCUGUCAAGUUAGAGGCAGAAAAUCAACAGCCCGAGCAAGCUAGAGAACUUUUAAAAACAGCUCGGCAAGAAGCGCCAACAGACCGAGUCUGGAUGAAGAGUAUAGCGUUUGAAAGACAACUUGGAAAUGUUGAGGGUGCUCUAGAUCUCGCAAAUCAAGCUCUUGUUUUAUUUCCUGGAGCUGCAAAAUUAUGGAUGAUGAAAGGUCAGACAUAUGAAGGCGAGGGAAAUCUACCACAAGCCCGGGAAGCAUAUAGCACAGGAACCAAGGCCUGCCCCAAGUCUAUCCCAUUGUGGCUAUUAUAUUCUAGACUUGAAGAGCGCACAGGAAAUUUAGUCAAGGCCCGAGGUAUUCUUGAUCAGGCUCGAUUAGCCGUCCCCGAAUCACCAGAAUUAUGGACUGAAUCCGUCAGAAUUGAGCGACGUGCAAACAAUUUGGGACAGGCUAAGAAUCUCAUGGCACAGGCCCUACAAAAAAUCACAAACAGCGGCCUACUUUACUCGGAAGCUAUCUGGAAUCUUGAAACUCGGACGCAUCGUAAACCAAGAGCCUUGGAAGCUAUAAAGAAAGUUGAUAAUGAUCCAAUUCUGUUUGUCACCAUUGCUAGAAUCUUUUGGGCAGAACGACGGUUGGAAAAAGCACAGAAUUGGUUUGAGAAGGCAAUCAUACUCGAUAGUGAUCUUGGUGACACAUGGGCUUGGUAUUAUAAAUUUUUGUUACAACAUGGAACUGAAGAAAAGCGGAAUGAUGUUGUCAUGAAAUUUGUACUCAAUGAGCCUAGGCAUGGUGAGGUAUGGCAGAGUGUAGCGAAAGAUCCUAAAAACGCUCGAUUAUCUCUAGAAGAGAUUCUACGAAUUGUAGUAGUAAAAUUAGAGUAA